CACGCUGGUACACGGAGCCAGAUGUGGAGGAGUUUAGAGUAAUAUCUCAAUGACAUUACAUUUAUGUAUUUGGAAGAUGCUUUUAUCCAAAGUGACUCAUUGUGCAUUCAAGAUCUGGAACCAAAAAUGAACUGGGCGUCUUUUUAUGCCAUGAUCAGCGGCGUGAACCGGCAUUCCACCGGUAUAGGGCGGAUCUGGCUGUCGGUCCUCUUCAUGUUUCGGAUCCUGGUUCUGGUGGUGGCGGCAGAGAGUGUGUGGGGUGAUGAGAAAGCACAUUUCAUCUGUAACACCCAGCAACCUGGCUGCAACAGUGUAUGUUACGACCACUUCUUCCCCAUCUCUCAUAUCCGGCUGUGGGCACUGCAACUGAUUGUGGUCUCUACCCCCGCCCUGCUGGUGACCAUGCACAUUGCACAUCGUCGGCAUAUCGAUAAAAAGUUGUACCGCCAGGCUGGCCGCACCAGUCCAAAGGACCUGGAGCAGAUAAAGACGCAAAAGAUGAAGAUUACUGGUGGUCUCUGGUGGACAUACAUGAUUAGCCUGCUGUUCCGUGUGCUGUUUGAAUCAGCUUUUAUGUAUUUGUUCUAUAUGAUUUACCCCGGCUAUAAAAUGUUCCGGCUGGUAAAGUGUGACUCGUACCCCUGCCCAAACAUAGUAGAUUGCUUUGUGUCCCGACCAACAGAGAAAACAGUGUUCACUAUAUUUAUGCUUGCCGUGUCUGGCGUCUGCAUCCUGCUCAACAUUGCAGAAAUCAUCUAUCUUGUUGCCAGGGCGACAAGUCGACAUCUGAAUAAUUCCAAGGAUUCCCCCUUGGGAGCCUGGAUCUCUCAGAAACUGUGUUCCUUUUAGAAGUGCUCAGAAACAAAAGGCACUCAGAGCCUCACUCUACUCUAAACUCUAAAAUACAUUUCACUCAAACACCUAAUGUUUACAAGUGAUAAUAUCCUGACAUUAUUUAUUCAUUGCUGUUUUAUUGUAGACCUCAGAACUCAUACAUUUAAAAUAUGUAAAAAAUAUUAGCAUACUCCAUAUAAUUUUAGACCAAUGUUUAAUUCAGUUCUCACUGUUGUAUGAAUUUUUAUACUUAU